GGUCCGGAAGUGCCAUUGACAGUCUUGAAUGUUUUGUUUGUUUCCUGAAACAUCAUUCUAACGGCGUGUAUAACAUGUCGACCAUACCACCAACUGUGAAUGAUCAACCGGUGAGAGUUGAGGAGCUAGAGAGUCGAAUAAGAUGUCAAUCUCAUAAUCCACCCAACUACACAGAAAGGAAAACGUUCCAGGAUGACCCCAGAGGCAGACCACUUGGAUCUAGGUGGCAAGGCCCUCCUGGUGACCCCAGGACUUGGUGGUCAUGCCCCUCUGGUGAUCCCGGAACCAGGUCCCACCCAGUCGCUGACCCCAGAGCCAGGUUAUGCCGCUCCAGAGACCCCAGGGCCAGACCACUCCCAGCCGGUGACCCUACGGCAAGGUGGCCAAGCAUUGACGACCUCACGACCAGACCUCAGGUGGACGACUGCGAGCGGAUGGGGACCCUGUUUGGGCAGCUGAACAAGUGCCUGCGUAGUGCAGGCUUCACCCAGAUGUACUUUGGGGAGAAGAUUGUGGAGCCUGUGAUUAUCAUCUUUUUCUGGGUCCUACUGUGGUUCCUGGGCAUCCAAGCUCUGGGGCUGGUGGGGACUUUGUGCAUUGUCAUCAUCUUCAUCCAGAAGUAACUGGAUCUCCGGCCUGUUUGAUUGGCAGUUGGGAGCUCCGGUGUCUAAAAAUGUGAACCUACAGCGUGAGUCCCUCACUGUCUUUUCUUUUUGCAAUAAGGCUUCCUAGAUUUGUUGAGCAUUUCUCGAUGCUCAGCUUCAUACUGGCCAAUGUACACUAUAUGGAUGAACAUUUGGAUGGAGGCCUUGCUCCUAACUACCGGUUGCCUGGUUUCAAGCUUUUAAAACAAUUCUAACUCAAAAUCAGACCACUUGGCUCACUAGCUGUACCCCAAUACUCAAAGGCGAUGUCUCAUCUUACGUGUGAGUACUGAUUUGAAAGAACUGGAUCAAUGAAAGCAAUAUGUCUCAUAGCUUAAAGGUAGAGUCAGCGAAAUGACAUUGCACUAGAAGCGCUGCAGAUAGUGUGAUGAGCAAGAUGCAAAUCACAUACAGUAUCUGCGCAUGUACACGGUUUCGUGUCGAGAUCUUACAAUAUGGUAGCCACUGGACAAAAACAGCAAACUUUAGCCUCACGCUCCAACUCUUAGUUGUUGCGGAAAUUGACCCUCUAUACUGUUUACUUUGUGCAUCUACAUCAUAUAGCUGACUCUACCUUUAACUAGUUUUGUCUCACAGAUUAACUGGUAUCUAUCAUUUUCAAGUGUUAUGAGAAUUUGAUCAUGAGUGAUAGCAAUCAAGGAAAGAAAGUCUGUCAGGAGCAUUUUGAUGCAGAUUGCUUCAAGUAGCAUUUCUAAAGGUGCAAUCUGUAAAAUGAAAUCUAUGGUGUUCAGGGAAUUAUAUUAUGCGUGGGGGGGAAAUUAACCUGUAGCCUUAGAAUAUGGUCUUUCUAUGAGAUUUACACAUCAGCAGCUCAUCAGCAGCUCAUAAUAAUUUCUAUGAUACAGUAUAUUUGUAGUGAGAGCAACAUUACUUACCUCCACAUUUGAUGUUACAUGCCAUUUCGUUAUAAACAUUGGAAUGAAGUAAAAGGUCCUUUAGUCGUUAGCAAUUAUUUAAAAAAUCAACAGGUCUUUUGCUGUUGCAUUAGUUUUAAUUACCAAUGACCAUCAGGACAUCUUACAGAUUGCACCUUUUUAAGGCUAAUUGGGAGCAACAUUCUAACACCUGCAUGCCUCAAAAGGACAAAGCUUUCGGUCCAAAUACUUAAAAGACACACCCUAUCCCCCUCAGCCCUCAAAUGAAGUGGACACAUCUGAUGACGUUAUCAUGACGUCUGACGAGUAUACACUUGCAGGGCGAGGGAGGAAGGAAUGAUUUUUAAAUGGACCACCCUUGGCCGGAAAUUCUUUACUCCUUCGUGCCACGAUGAUUGUGUUUUCAGCCACUGGUGCCUUGUCGGUGCUUUAUAUGCACUACAUUCAAUUAUGAGUGCAUGUCUACUUACAUUAAAUAUAUAAUUAUUAAUAUACGCCUACUGUAUAAUAGCUAGCAAAUUAAUUAGCUAACUAACGUUAGCCUGCCUAGCUGGAACUUCUGAAGGGAAAUGUUUUAUUUCUACAAUUUCCAAGAUGGCGACGGGGAUUCCCCCAAGGGCAUACGGCGAGGGUAAGUGGACGAGGGUGUGUCAUUUAAGUGAUUGGACUGGAACCCUGGAAUGCAUAUCACUGACUGGUUUAUUAGGUUCUAUAGUAACUGAAGUUGUCCCCCCUACUUUUAAUAUGCAUUCAAACAUCUCCCUUUGACAUGCAUGUAACCUCAAAGUGAAGGAGAAAUGUGUGCUCAUGACAAUCAUGGAUGUUUAACUUGCACUUAUAUCAAGCCUAUCCUUUUGAAUGAGAAUUGUACAGUGCAUUCGGAAGUAUUCAGACCCCUUGACCUUUUCCACCAUUUUGUUACUUUACAGCCUUUUUCUAAAAAUGAUGAGGAUUUGUAUUUAUUUAAUACAUCUACGCACAAUCCCCAUAAUGACAUAGCAAAAACAGGUUUAAAAAACAGAUACCUUAUGUAAAUAAGUAUUCAGACCCUUUGCUAUGAGACUUGAAAUUUAGCUCAGGUGCAUCCUGUUUCGAUUGAUCAUCCGUGAGAUGUUUCUACAACUUGAUUGGAGUCCACCUGUGGUGAUUUGGAAAGGCACACACCUGUCUAUAUAAGGUCCCACAGUUGACAGUGCAUGUCAGAGCAAAAACCGAGCCAUGAGGUCGAAAUCGCUUCCAAAGGUGCUUCAUCGGAGUACUGAGUAAAGGGUCUGAAUACUUAUGUAAAUGUGAUAUUUCAGCUUUUUAAAUUUUUUUUAAAUAAAUUUGCAAACACUUCUAAAAACCUGUUUUUGCUCUGUCAUUAUGGGGUAUUGUGUGCAGAUUGAUGAGGGGGAAAAACGAUUUACAUGUUAGAGUAAGGCUGUAACAAAAUGUGGAAAAAGUCAUGCUGUCUGAAUACUUACCGAAUGCACUGUACAUUUUCAGGAAUCGUACCCUUGUUAAUGAGUGGUAUAUCAUUCUGAAAAUCACUCCAAAUGUAACCAGAAGGUGGUGCUGUAAGGCUAACAAAUACCUUUCUUGAUGGUUUUUCAUUGUCAAUUCAUGUGGGAAAGUCUAUAUCAAAUUGCAAAGUUUAAACUGACUAAAUCACUGCUUUUGUUAGAUAUGGCUACUAUCAUACAGUUUGAAGAUAAUGAGGAUGACUUUUUUCUGUCAUUGGUGUCUAAAUAUUCAACAUCAAACACAUCAGAAUGGAUGAUAGCUUACAGUAUCUACUUAUACUACUGUAACCCGGUACACUGCAAAGCAUGCCCAGUGUUCACUGCAUGAGAAUCAUUGUUUAACUUGUGGAGUAUUAGAUAUACAUCACAUAUACUCCUGAAAAUAGAAAAUAUUCAGCAACACUAUUAGUUGAGUGUAAGCCAGGGAUGUAGUCCACACUGGUAAAUUAAUGUUGUCCAUAAGUGCUGAUCCAAAGUAGCCUUUGCUACCAAAUAGUUAAGGUUAGGGAAACCUGAUCCUAGAUCUUUGCUGGGGCCAAUCUCUACCAGGAUUCAUCGACUGUAGAAUAAAAGUAACUUUAUAAUCUUGUGCUGCCAACUAAAAUACCGUAGUCCUUGUGGAAUGCUUUUUGGUGUUUGGCAUGUUCCAUGUUUACAGUGCCUUUGGAAAGUAUUCAAACCCCUUGACCUUUUCCAAAUUUUGUUACGUUACAGCUGUAUUUUAAAAUGUAUUCUUUUUUAAAUCCUCAGCAAUCUACACACAAUACCCCAUAGUGACAAUGAAAACAGGCUUUUAGAAAUGUUACCACAUUUAUUAAUAAUAGAAAACAGAAAUAGCUUAUUUACAUAAGUAUUCAGACCCUUUGCUAUGAGACUCAAAAUUGAGCUCAGGUGCAUCCUUUUUCCAUUGAUCAUCCUUGAGAUGUUUCUACAACUUGAUUGGGGUCCACCUGUGGUACAUUCAAAUGAUUGGACAUGAUUUGGAAAGGCACACAACUGUCUAUAAUGGGUCUUACAAUUGACAGUGCAUGUCACAGCAAAAACCAAGCCAUGAGGUUGAAGGAAUUGUCCGUAGAACACCGAGACAGGAUCGUGUCGAGGCACAGAUCUGGGGAAGGGUACCAAAAUAAUUUGGCAUCAGUGAAGGUCCCCAAGAACACAGUGCCCUCCAUCAUUCUUAAAUGGAAGAAGUUUGGAACCAUCAAGGCUCUUCCUAGAGCUGGCCGCCCGGCCAAACUGAGCAAUCGGGGGAGAAGGGCCUUGGUCAGGGAGGUGACCAAGAACCUGAUGGUCACUUUGACAGAGCUCUAGAGUUCACCUUUGGAGAUUGUUGUCCUUCUGGAAAGUUCUCCCAUCUCUGCAGCACUCCACCAGUCAGGCCUUUAUGGAAGAGUGGCCAGGCAGAAGCCACUCCUCAGUAAAAGGCACAUGACAGAAUAAGGCUGUAACGUAUCAAAAUGUGGAAAAAGUCAAGGGGUCUGAAUACUUUCCGAAGGCACUGUAUAUGCAAAAAAAAAAAGUGGAAUGUCUUAAUAUUUACGAAGUAGGUUUUUAAAAAUGUUUGGUCACAAAGCAAAGCAAGAUGUGAAUCUGCAAAGGGAGCGAGUGAAUUGAGAGUGAAUUUAUUGGAUUGAGUUGACAUUGCAUCAGAUUCACUGUAGGUAUGUCUGUGAUCAGUUUGUUAAAGGGAUGAGUGAUCUUUGUUUACGAAUGAGAAUGUAAUUCUUCUGUUUAUGUUGAAAUGUUGGGUAAGUUACAAGGUGGAUGAUGUUUGAGAAAUUUGUAACCAAUGUUAAAAAAAAAUUCUCAACCGUUUUGGCACUAAUUGUACACUAAGUGUUAAUGUUUUACUACUGUAUGAGUAUGAGGGUCGUUCUACCAAUUGGGUGCCUUUUUGAGUAGUGUAACUUGGUAAAAAGUUAGUUUUGUUUGACCAAAUCUUUACAUUCUGUCAUAAGAAGCACAUGUUAAACUUAAUAAAAAAUUAAUAAAUAACA